CCGGAGCCUGCCAGCCCGCCCCCGUCCCCCCCGUCUGGCCGAGUGGUUCCGCCCGGGCGCUGGCCGGGCGGUAGCGCAGGCGGCGGGGCCGGUGCCGGCGGACCAUGGCGUACCCGGGGCAGCCCGCCGCUGCCGGCGGCUACUAUCAGGGCGGGUAUGGAGGAGCUCCUGGAGGACCAGCAUUCCCUGGACAACCUCAGGAUCCUUUGUAUGGUUAUUUUGCUGCAGUAGCUGGGCAGGAUGGACAAAUAGAUGCUGAUGAGCUACAGAGAUGUCUGACCCAGUCAGGGAUUGCAGGAGCAUAUAAACCUUUCAACUUAGAGACUUGCAGACUCAUGAUCUCGAUGCUGGAUAGAGAUAUGUCUGGUACGCUGGGAUUUAAUGAGUUUAAAGAACUCUGGGCUGUGGUCAAUGGCUGGAGGCAACACUUCAUGAGUUUUGACAGCGAUAGAAGUGGCACAGUGGAUCGUCAAGAACUAGAGAAAGCCUUGACAAAUAUGGGAUUUAGAUUGAGCCCACAGGCAGUGACAGCAAUCACAAGGCGAUACAGCACCCGUGGAAAGAUUACAUUUGAUGAUUACAUUGCCUGCUGUGUAAAACUCAGAGCUCUCACUGAAUGUUUUAGAAGAAGGGAUGCAUCUCAGCAAGGUUUUGUGAACUUCCAGUAUGAUGAUUUCAUACAGUGUGUAAUGAGCAUCUAAGUCAAAAAGAAGGAAGCCAUGGAUAAUCACAAUUACCAUUCCAGUUUGUCUUUUGCUUUGCCAAAAGUUACCAUGAUCGUGUAUCUUAAUAUUGUAAUUUGCAUAUUUUAUAACAUUACUGAAUUAUGAGCUUGCCUUUAUUCAGUUUUAAUAAUGAAUAUAAACUAAUAAUGUACUGUCAUCUUUAACUUUCAACCUCUGACUAUUAAAGAUUUUUUUAUUUUACAUAAACUUGUAAGUCAGUCUGUAUAACUCAAAUUAUGUGGACAGUAAAUUUUUCUGUAAUGUA